AUGUUUAGGGAUGCCCGCAAUGCAGGGGAGCGCCCUUACUGGAUGAGCGAGAACAUUUGGAACGCUUUACUUGCACAUUGGAAUUCAGUAGAGUUUCGCAACAAGUGUGCUACAGCCAAGAGAAACAGAGCGUCUGAAAAGGGUGGCGCCUUGCAUACUGGAGGGUCGAUCACAGUUCACGAGCAUGCCAUUCGUAUGGCACAAGCUCUGGGACGGGCGGUCCAUGUUGACGAGGUCUUUGCACAGACCCAUGUUCGGAAGGGCACUAAUGAAUUUGUUGAUGAAAGAUCUCGCAAGACUCAUCACCAUCCUUCUUCUUCUUCCACCCCUUCUGCUGACGAGGCCAUCCAGCGCUUGACACAGCUACUAGAGCAACAUGACCAGGAAAACCGUCAAUUGAGAGAAGAAUACAGUGACUUGAGAAACGAGUUUACAAACUUCAAGUCCCUGGUCAUGAGAGCGCUGCCUCAAACUUCAGACACUCCUUCGACCGUCCCUCCGACCCAGCCACAACCCUCCCCAUCACCCACCGUCCCUCAGCAGUCCACAUCAGUCCAGGCCACAUCAGUCCAGCCAUCUACAGAGGAUCAGCAGGAUGAUGAAUAUGAUUCUGAUGACAAUGUAGUAUUUUAG